CUGUCCGAACUUAGCUGACAUUGAUAAGUGACAUUUUAAUGACAUACUUAAGUAAACACAAAACAGAGUAUCGAAAAAAAUCAAAGUAUCAACUGCAAGUGAUAAAAUGACCGAAACGAACAGUGCGAAAUCUCCGAAAUGUCGACCGUAUCACCGCGAAACAGUAAAGUUAACGCACACCGUAUCUGUGUACCGACUCCUGACUGAAAGGCUUCUUGGAAUGAAAAAAGCACUUGGAUUCACUGAUAACUUUGCAAGCACAGUUUACACCAACUUCGACAUAGUUCAAGACGAUUCUUGCCACCCCAGUCUAAUUCAUGAAGAAGCCCUAGGAGGGAUUUUUAAUUUGGAGUAUAGUUUGAAUGGAAGGCUGCUGGCAGCAGCAUGUGAAGACAAGAAGAUCCUACUGUUCGACGCUGGUACUCACAGGCACAUACAGACUAUUGAAAAUGCUCAUAGCAAUUGUGUUAACUGCAUUAAGUUUUUGGACGGUAACACAUUUGCCUCGGGCUCAGAUGAUGCACUGAUUAAGUUGUGGGACAUUAGAAAUUUGAACUCGUCCACGAAAACAUUGCAUGGUCACGCUAGUUGGGUGAAGAACAUUGAGUGGUCUGAACAGGAACAUGUUAUGGUGAGUUCAGCUUUUGAUGGAGCAAUUUAUGCAUGGAAUCUGAACAGUCCCACAGAGAACAGUGUGCUUUAUGAUCGAGUAUUUCAAAUGACUGGACUUGUGCGAAUGAAACUAACACCUGACGGUACGAAAAUGCUCAUAUCGACCACAUCAGGGUUUCUCAUCAUUAUACACAACCUUAAUUUGCUGACUCUCUUCAGCGACUUUGCCAGCUUCCAACCUGCCUUGUAUAGAAUGGUUCAAGAAAGCGGACAGCACUUUCCUUCAACAAAUAAGUACAAUUAUUUAUUCAGCCCAUCUCGGACGAGGAACCGAAUAGAAUUUAUAGACGAUUUUCCUAAUGACGCCGAAGUUAUUUCCUCAUUGCAAAUUCAUCCCCAUGGAUGGUCAGCUUUGUCUCGAAAUAUGAACAGAGACGGGACCGGAGAGUGGACUACUGUGCACGACAUUCAAGAAAGAUGUAUAAAAGAAUACGAGGAAGCGUUUGAGUUGGUUCCAGAUGGAGAAUCGACUUCCACUGAAAAUAUCGAAGAAGAUGUUAAUCUGAAUCAACGAAUUACCGACAUCUGGACAGGAAGUGUGCCACUGAUUGAUUACCAACCUGGCAGCUACUUCGACUGGGGCCCUGGACAAGACGAAGUGACCAUGACGAACAGCGGCGUUAUCAGAAUGUCGCCACCUAGUCAAGCGUACUUCAAUGCAAACCCCAACGAGAAGAACAGGCUAAUCAAAAACUUGAGUAGAAUGACGCAUUAUGUCCAAGAGAAAAAUGUCGGCGAAGGAUUUAUCAAAGUACUCUCCUUUUCGUCGGACGGGCGAAUAAUCAGCUCACCAUACGACAGAGGCAUCCGACUGCUGGGUUUCAGUGAUAACUGCCAAGAACUGUCCUCGUGUGUUCCCGAGACGCCCAAACAACUAAAGACAAUAGUGCUAAUGAAGAAUUGCCACAAAGACGUGGUACUCUCAUGUAAAUUUAGUCCAAUACACCACCAAUUAGCCACGGGCUGUUUAGGCGGGCAAAUAAAAUUGUAUCAGCCAGUCUUUUGAAUGAUCAUUUACAUCAGUAACGGUUCGGUCGAUUUGUAUUUACCUGUUAUGUAUAGGCCAUGAAUAAUUUGUUUGAGUAUUGUUGUAUUUUUAUAAAAUAAACUGUUUUAGCAAUGGUAUAGAUGGUGAUUCAAAAUUGGCCCCAAUUCUAUUUGGAUAGUAAAAUGAACAAUUCUGUACAAAAUCAAAGUUGAGUACUUUCAGGAGAUGUUCAGUAGUUAAAACAUAGCAAGUGCUAAGUGGUUAAUAAAAUAGUGCAGUAAA